GAGCAGCUGCUCCCAGAGCUCACCGGGCUGCUCAGCCUCCUUGACCAGGAGUACCUCAGUGACAGCACCUUGGAGAAGAAGAUGGCUGUGGCCUCCAUCCUGCAGAGCCUGCAGCCCCUCCCAGCGAAGGAAGUCUCCUGCCUGUAUGUGAACACUGCAGAUCUGCACUCGGGACCCAGCUUCGUGGAGUCUCUCUUUGAAGAAUUUGACUGUGCCCUGGGUGACCUCCGGGACUUGUCAGAGGAUGAUGGGAAACCCAGCCAGAGAACCAGCCCUGAGCCAACCAAGAGCCCAGCCCUGAGAAGUGCAGCUGAGCUCCCUCCACCUCUGCCCAACAAGCCUCCCCCUGAGGACUACUAUGAGGAGGCCCUUCCUCUGGGGCCCGGGAAGUCGCCCGAGUACAUCAGCUCCCACAAUGGCUACAGCCCAGCCCACUCAAUUAUGGACAGCUACUAUGAAGAUGCAGACAGCAGCUACCCCACCACCAGAAUGAAUGGGGAGCUGAAGAGCUCCUACGACUCUGACGCCAUGAGCAGUUCCUACGAGUCCUAUGAUGAGGAAGAGGAGGAAGGGAAGGGGCCACAGCCCCGGCACCAGUGGCCCUCCGAGGAGGCCUCCAUGCACCUGGUGCGGGACUGUAGGAUAUGCGCCUUCCUGCUGCGGAAAAAGCGCUUUGGGCAGUGGGCCAAGCAGCUGAUGCUCAUCAAGGAUGACCAGCUCCUGUGUUACAAAAGUUCCAAAGACCGGCAGCCGAAUCUCAGGUUGGCGCUGGAGACUUGCACUGUCAUCUAUGUGCCGAAGGACAGCCGGCACAAGAGGCACGAGCUUCGCUUCUCCCAGGGUGCCACAGAGGUCCUGGUGCUGGCGCUGCAGAGCCGGGAGCAGGCAGAGGAGUGGCUGAAGGCUAUCCGAGAAGUCAGCAAGACCACUGGGGGAGCAGAGGGAGCGGAGAUCCCUAGAUCCCCAGUCCUCCUGUGCAAGCUGGAUCUGGACAAGAGGCUGUCCCAAGAGAAGCAGACCUCAGACUCAGACAGUCUGGGCAUGGGCGACAGUGGUUCCACCCUCGGUCGCCGGGAAGCUUGUGAACAAGGCAAAGGGAAGAAGAGCAGCCUGGCAGAGCUGAAGGGCUCCAUGAGCAGGGCUGCAGGCCGCAAGAUCAACCGCAUCAUCAGUUUCUCCAAGAAGAAGGCCCUGGCCGAGGACCUACAGACAUCCUCCACCACGUCCUCCACUGAGGAAGAGGUUCCAUGCUGUGGUUAUCUGAACGUGCUGGUAGCCCAGGGCUGGAAAGAACGCUGGUGCCGCCUUCGGUGCAGCACUCUGUAUUUCCACAAGGACCGCGCGGACCUGCAGACCCACGUGAACGCCAUCGCCCUGCGUGGCUGCGAGGUGGCCCCGGGCUUUGGGCCUAGGCACCCGUUUGCCUUCAGGAUCCUGCGCAAUCGGCAGGAGGUGGCCAUCCUGGAGGCAAACUCUUCAGAAGACAUGGGUCGCUGGCUUGGGCUGCUGCUGGUGGAGAUGGGCUCCAGAGUCACCCCAGAGGCACUGCACUAUGACUAUGUGGAUGUGGAGACCUUAACCAGCAUCGUCAGUGCUGGACGCAACUCCUUCCUGUACGCCAGAUCCUGCCAGGAUCAGUGGCCUGAGCCCCGUGUCUAUGACGACGUUCCCUAUGAACAGGUGCAGGACGAGGAGCCCCCAAGGCCCAGCGGAGCCCAGGUGAAGCGCCAUGCCUCCUCCUGCAGUGAGAAAUCCCACCGAGUGGACCCCCAGGUCAAAGUCAAACGUCACGCUUCCAGUGCCAAUCAAUAUAAGUACGGCAAGAACCGGGCUGAGGAGGAUGCCCGGCGGUACCUGGUAGAAAAAGAGAAACUAGAGAAAGAGAAAGAGAUGAUUCGGACAGAGCUGCUAGCCCUGCGGCAGGAGAAGAGGGAGCUGAAGGAAGCCAUUCGGAGCAGCUCAGGUCCAAAGCUGAAGGCCCUGGAGGAGGCAGUGGCCAGCCUGGAGGCUCAGUGUCGGGCAAAGGAGGAACAUCGGAUUGAUCUGGAGCUGAAGCUCGUAGCUGUGAAGGAGCGCUUACAGCAGUCCCUGGCAGGGGGCCCAGCUCUGGGGCUGGCCAUGAACAGCAGGGGCAGGAGUAAGGAAACGGCAAAUAAACCCCAGAACAGUGUCCCUGAGCAAUCUCUCCCUGUCAACUGUGUUUCCGAGCUGAGGAAGAGGAGCCCAUCCAUUGUGACCACCAACCAAGGACGGGUGCUGCAGAAAGCCAAGGAAUGGGAAAUGAAGAAGACUUAGAAAACACAC